AUGUCUGAUGACGAUGAUUUCAUGCAGGACUCGGGGGAGGAGGAAUACGACUUCGAGUAUGAAGACGACGACGACGAACAGAGCGGCGAUGUCGACAUCGAGAACAAGUACUACAACGCAAAGCAGCUGAAGGUCGAUGAUCCAGAGUCAGCCAUAGACGAGUUCCUAGGGAUGCCGGCGUUGGAGGAAGAAAAGUCGGAUUGGGGAUUCAAAGGUCUAAAGCAGGCCAUCAAGCUCGAGUUCAAGCUGGCGCGGUAUGAGCAGGCGGUAGAGCACUACAAGGAGCUUCUCACCUACGUCAAGUCCGCCGUCACACGCAACUAUUCCGAAAAGUCCAUCAACAACAUGCUCGACUUCAUCGAAAAAGCCGCCGAGGACGCCGAAGCCUACCGCUGCAUGGAGAGGUUCUAUGCCCUGACCCUCGACAUCUUCCAGAGCACCAACAACGAGCGACUGUGGCUGAAGACAAACAUCAAGCUUGCAAGGCUGUGGCUGGACAGGAAAGACUAUCGCCAGCUGACAGAGAAGCUCCGUGAGUUGCACAAGGCCUGUCAAAAGGACGACGGCACAGACGAUCCGAGCAAAGGCACCUACUCAUUGGAGGUCUACUCGCUGGAGAUCCUCAUGUAUGCAGAGACCAGGAACAACAAGCGCCUGAAGGCACUGUACCAGCGAGCGCUUAAAGUCAAAUCCGCCGUCCCACAUCCCAAGAUCAUGGGUAUCAUCCGAGAAUGUGGUGGCAAGAUGCACAUGAGCGAAGAGAACUGGAAGGGGGCGCAGAGCGACUUUUUCGAGAGUUUCAAGAACUAUGACGAGGCUGGAUCGCUGCAGCGGAUCCAGGUACUGAAAUAUCUGGUGCUUGCAACCAUGCUGUCGGGUUCCGACAUCAACCCGUUUGACUCGCAGGAAACCAAGCCCUAUCAGAACGACCCCCGCAUCUCCACCAUGACGGAUCUUGUCAACGCUUACCAGCGCGAGGACAUUCACGAGUACGAGAAGAUACUGCAGAGCAACCAGGACCUGCUCCAAGAUCCAUUCAUUGCCGAGAACAUCGAUGAAGUCACGCGCAACGUGCGCACCAAGGCUGUCGUCAAGCUCGUCGCGCCCUACACACGCUUCACCUUGGCGUUCAUCUCGAAGCAACUCCAAAUCUCCCUUCCCGAGGUCCAAGAGAUCGUGGGGUUCUUGAUCGUCGACAAGCGGCUGCACGGUAAGAUCAACCAGCAGCACGGAACGGUGGAGAUCGAGAGUAGCACCGACAUGGACCGGGUGCAGGCGAUGAAGGAAUGGAGCAGCGCGAUUGGAUCGCUGUGGCAAAUGGUUCUGAACGACGGCGAUGGCUUCAAGUCGGACGAGAGCGGCUCACAGUUUGCCCCCACCCCAGGCGAGGUCGGAGGCCAGCGUGCGCCCUGGGGCUUGAAUGGCUUGGGAUCUAAAUCAGGGCGACUCAAAGGCAAGGGCCCUGCGGGGCGCUUGGGAGUCUCGAGCAAAGGAUGA